GAGUUAUCUGUGCUGUGAAGUGUGAACCGUGGAUGUGCUAUGUGAUUGAGGUUUGUCUGGAAACUCGUAUCAAUUUGUUAAAAAUCCCAGUUUCCCAGUAGUUUAAACGUAAUUCAUUAAUUAAAAUGGACAACAAAAACGACGAUCCAAACGUUCCUGAAAAAACAAUAUUCACUGUUAUUGCACAAGGAGAUUUAACGGAAUUUAAGAAUAUACUUGCUCAACACAAGGGCAGUGUCGAUUUUUUAGACGAAAAUGGUAUGACUGCCCUCCAGCACGCUGCAUAUAAGGGGUGCAAGGAUAUGGUACAAUUGCUCCUCGAUAGGGGUGCGGAUGUCAAUUGUGGUAACCACGAAUACAAUUAUACGGCUCUUCAUUUUGGAGCGUUAUCUGGGAAUUCAGAAGUAUGUAAGCUCCUAUUAGAUGCGGGGUCUAAACCCAAUUCUACUAAUUCUGUUGGGCGCACGGCAGCUCAGAUGGCGGCUUUUGUAGGAAACCAUCAUACUGUGGCAACUAUUAAUAACUUCAUACCGCGUAAUGAAAUAUCUUACUUUUCAACUCCUCAAGGUCAACAGACUGAACCCUAUCUACCAGCUUUACUUGUUGAACCUCUGCAUAAAUUUGUUCUUGGUGUCAAUAUUCAUCCAGUUAGAUUAGCUCUUAACUUACAACAUGCUUCCUGUCUGUUAGACAAUGCUGAGAAAGUAAGCAAGGUCCUUGAGAUGCUUUGUAAAAAGGAAAUGACAAGAGGCAGUGAAACCAAUGAAGUCAUGGCAUUUAAAUAUCACUACCUCGCUUAUAUUUUAAGAGAAAUAAGCAAUAUCCGUGAUAAACAAAAACCUAUCUCAGAGAGUGAAAAGAAGCAUGACAUAGUAGAAAUUUUUACUAAAAAGCUCUUAAAACCAGGAAAGGAUGGAUAUUCAUUAGAUUUGAUGGAUGCAUUCCUUAAAGAUUGUGUUCGGGAGUUUCCAUACAGAGAAUGUACAACAUUUCAUCAGAUGGUUACUUCUUUGACAAGUAAAGCCCCACCACCUGCCUUUUCGGUGAUUAAUUGUACUAUCAAUGGCCAGCGAGGGUUUAUUGACACUGUUCCUUAUUGUAGUACUUGUGGUGAAGAAACGCCAGCAAAAAAAUGUUCGAAAUGUAAAACAGUGCAAUAUUGUGAUAGAGAAUGCCAGCGUCUGCAUUGGUUUGUGCAUAAAAAAGCUUGCAAUAGAGAAUCAAAUGUGCAAGCGUCCAAUGCUAAAGUGAAUAUAGACCCUUCAGAGUUAACUGCGGAAUUACAAAACCUUGUAGCCGGAUAGUCAAAGAAUAUUUAUAUUAGAUAAUUAAGACAAGUUCAUGAGUAAGAAAUUCAAAUAUCUGUAUAAUUUGUCAAAUGUUUUGUGUAAAUAAUAUGUAUGUUGUAGAGCACACUUUCAUUUGUAAUAAAAACAUUUAUCUGCCUUAAAAGUGCAUAAUACCUAAAGAAUAGUAAUUGGAAAACUACAAUUUGUGCUCAAGGGUAUGGCAAUGGGAUGAUUUUCCUGUAGCCUUGUGUCAUAACCAUAAUAUGUAUUACUCAUUGUAUUCUACAUAGUAAAAGCAAUUGUAUGUGAACAUCAUAUUAAAUAGUUUGAGUACUUCAACAAAACAUUGAAUCAUAGACUUUAAUUAUGUUAAAAAAAUAUUUUGUUAAUAAUUUUAGGUUUAUGAAAUCAUUUAGAUGUUACACUUGCAGCCUUGUUUUACAUCACAACUUGUAUUGUGUACAAUUUAGUUGUUGAUUGUAUGAGUAAGAUUCUAGAGUCAAGACGUAGCCAAUCUAUGACUUAACUCUGAAUCAUAGUACCAAAUAUAUCUUAAAAGUGUUUGUAUAUUUAUGUUCCAUUAGAAAUUCUCAAGUUCUAAAAUAAUCAUUUCACGGAUUUGACAAUUUGAACAAACUACCUCUAUUUUGCAGUUCACUUGAUUGGGGAUUAAUGAUUUUUUGAUGUACAUUAAAAUGUGGCUAUUGUGACAAUUUCCAAUAUUAAAUCUGUAAUAAAAGC